AGCAGAUCACCGUCCAUGUGGAUGACUAAUGGGCAGCCGUCUCUAUCUCUCUGCUAAUCAGUUGAUCUGAAUGGCGACCUACUUCAUCACACUUUUCUCAUUCUCUUCUCUCACUCGCUAACACUCAUAAUAUGGCGGAGGACAAGCACAGCACCAACUCCAACGCUAAUGGCGUCUACGUGGAGGUCACCGGAGAAGAAGAAUCUAAUAAUAAUAAACGAGAAAGCGAGAGCAGCAUCACCUUAUACCAAGUUCUUAACCGCCUCGCUUACGCUAUUCUCUUCCCGGAGCCUUCUACCAGCGCCUCCCUGCUUAAACGGAUCAAGAUCUCCCUCGCCGAAAACGCUCCGCUCCUUCCAGAAGCUUCUAGAAAAUCCGCCCGCGACCUUCUCCUCUGGACUCGCCAAGGCAGCCCCUUCCGCGCCAUCUUAGUCAUCACCGUUGGGACAAUUACUUCUGUUGCGCUCACAGGACUGCUUGUCUUCUUACUUUUCUUUCUUGCUGCCACCAUAAACGCUGUUGUCAUAUCACUUCUUGUGUCUUUGGCAGCAGCUGGAGGAUUCUUGGCUAUUUUCUUUGCCUGUGUUGCAGCUGUAUAUGUUGGGGCACUAUUAGUAGCUGCGUUUGCAAUUUCCGUUACCACAUUUUGGGCAAGUGUUGCUGUUCUGUUCGCCACAGGCUGGAUUGGAUUCUUUUACAUCGUGUGGUUGGUAACUAGUAAGAGUUUCGGAUAUGCCAAACAUACAUUGAGUGCCACUGGCUCUGCAAUCUCAACUUACUCUGCUGCGCGGCAUGUCCGCCACCAAAUGCGCAAAGAUUCAGAUUAAGAAGAUCAUAGAUUGAAGCUUAUUUAUAAAUCUCCAGUUUUCCUUUUGGCUGGUAGGGUGCUAUGUUCAUAAGAUGUUAGGUGGUAUGUUUCGGAUGCCUAUCUUCGGUUUUCUUCUUAUUUAUGAACGGUGUUCAUUUUAUUAUAAAUGGGCUUCUAUGCUUGAUGUUAAUAUAAAAUAGUUCGCCUUUUCCCUACCUAUGCCUGGUAUUGUACAUCCUAUUACAGAUGAAAUUACACUUUGUAAAAUGAUGUAAUGUACAAACGAGUAACAAUUGCUGUAUUGGUGUUUAGAAAGGAUGGUAUGGCUUUGGUACUUUUGUUUUACCA